AUGAGCGCAAACGUCUCUACUCCUCUCUUACAGACCAUAGAACCCGAUGACCCUACAGACGAACAUAUUCCGCUCUCUGGAAACAUCAAUGCCUCAUCAGCGCCUAAGCCUCCUGUGGUCCUAACGCCUGGUGGUCGUGCAUCAGCACCCAUGGCUACUAAUCCAGGCGACGCAGAGUCAGGGAUUGCUGGUAUAUUUCGACAAUCAGCCCAUCCACUCGUCCUCUUUUGUCUGUUCUUAUUCCGGAUAUCGGCCAUAACCGUAUACAUUUUGUGCGGCUUCUUCACAAGCAACUUCGUGCUUUCUACUGUGGUGGUCGUAGUGCUGUUAGCUAUGGAUUUCUGGAAUUGCAGGAAUGUUGCUGGUCGAACGUUGGUCGGCUUGCGGUAUUGGAAUCAGGUCGAUGAGGAUGGCGAGAGCUACUGGGUGUUUGAAAGCCGGGACCCUUCGCGCCCUCCGAAUCCAGUCGAUUCGAGAAUGUUUUGGAUUGCACUCUACACAUUCCCACUCCUAUGGCUGGCGCUCCUCAUCGUUUCCUUUCUAAAAUUCAACCUCUCGUUUGUACCCAUCGUGGUGCUCGCGUUGGUGUUCAAUGUGACUAACGCCAUUGGUUUCACAUACGCAGAUCGCGACGCGAAGCAAAAAUGGGCUAACAACUUAUCAUCAGGAUGGAGUAUCGGCGGCAUCAGUGGUCAACUCCUGACUGGUGUCGUGAAGAACAGUGUUGGACGAGUAUUCGGAUCAUAA